UAUUAAGCCUGACUCUCAUUGAUUUGCCGGGAAUCACUAAAGUGCCAGUAGGGGAUCAGCCUCCAGAUAUUGAGCAGCAGAUCAGAGACAUGAUAAUGCAGUUCAUCUCUAGAGAAAACUGUCUGAUACUGGCUGUGACUCCAGCUAACACUGAUCUGGCCAACUCAGAUGCACUGAAGUUAGCUAAGGAAGUGGACCCUCAAGGCCUUAGGACCAUCGGUGUGAUCACAAAAUUAGAUCUGAUGGAUGAAGGAACAGAUGCAAGAGAAAUCCUAGAAAACAAACUACUCCCUCUUCGUAGAGGUUAUAUUGGUGUUGUAAACAGAAGCCAGAAAGACAUUGAUGGGAAGAAGGACAUAAAGGCAGCUCUUCUAGCAGAAAGGAAAUUCUUUCUUUCCCACCCAGCAUAUAGGCACAUGGCAGAUCGGAUGGGAACACCAUAUCUCCAAAAAGUUCUAAACCAGCAACUUACCAAUCAUAUUCGGGAUACCCUGCCAGCCUUCAGAAGCAAACUCCAGAGCCAGCUGCUUUCUAUCGAACAUGAAGUAGAGAAAUACAAAAACUUCAGACCAGAAGAUCCAACCAGAAAAACGAAAGCCCUAUUGCAGAUGGUACAACAGUUUUCAGUGGACUUUGAAAAAAGAAUCGAAGGAUCAGGAGAUCAGGUUGAUACACUAGAACUUUCAGGAGGUGCCAAAAUCAAUCGUAUUUUCCAUGAACGUUUUCCUUUUGAACUAGUGAAGAUGGAAUUCAAUGAGAAGGAACUGCGGAGAGAAAUAAGCUAUGCUAUCAAGAACAUCCAUGGUAUCAGAACAGGUUUGUUUACUCCAGAUAUGGCAUUUGAAGCCAUUGUUAAAAAACAGAUAGUCAAACUGAAAGGACCUUGCUUAAAAAGUGUGGAUCUGGUGAUGCAAGAGUUAAUCAACACUGUCAAGAAGUGCACUAAGAAGUUGGCAACAUAUCCAAGGUUGUGUGAGGAAACAGAAAGAAUUGUUGCUGGCUACAUUCGUGAAAGAGAAGAGAAGACCAAGGAUCAGGUGCUGCUGCUGAUUGAUAUCCAGGUUUCUUACAUCAACACUAACCACGAAGACUUCAUUGGCUUUGCAAAUGCCCAACAAAGAAGCAGUCAGGUUAACAAAAGUGCAGUGGGAAAUCAGGGAACCAAUCUACCGCCUUCAAGGCAAAUUGUCAUCCGGAAAGGUUGGCUGACCAUCAACAAUAUUGGCAUCAUGAAAGGAGGAUCCAAGGAAUACUGGUUCGUUCUAACUGCAGAAAGCUUGUCCUGGUAUAAAGAUGAUGAGGUAAGGAAUGAAGAACUUCUUUUCUACUGGGAAAAAACCCAGCAGUGUUGGUUUGACUCUAGGUGGGUUGCAGUACGCGGCUUGGUUACUGACCGGCCGUCUGAGAUCCAGAGUGACUCUUGGCUGGAGCUGUUGGUGAAGAUGCUCUGGUGUGUCAGAGCGGUUUCCCACUGGCGGCUGUCCCUCAGGCUGGGUUGUCAUGCGACUGCCUGUCUGUGCCUGCUGUACAG